UCCUUCACAAUUAUUUAGUAGCAUCCUGUAUGUGCAAUGUUUCGUAAAAUGUGUUGUAGAGCUGUUCUAGAAACAAAGCUCUUGUCCAUUAUUUUCAUUUUCUUUUUAUCGCUUGAAUCCUGUACAUCGAGUGAAAAGAUCUGCGACCAGGCAGUUGUGGAAAGAACGCAGCAAAAGUCAGGGUUUCACAGAGAUCUGAUUACCUACAUUGAAUGGGACAUUUUAAGCAGUUUUGGUGAGCAUUACAAUCUGCUGGAUUGUCAACUUUUGGUGGUUGAACAAUUCCCAAGUGGUAUUUACAUUGAUCCUGAUCAGGUCAAGAAUGAAGAGGAGUUUGGAGGCCCUGAGGUAUUAUUUAAAGAGAGUGUAAAUGUUGAAGCCCUGGCUCAUCACAGCUUUUCAAGUGAGAUGUUUGUAUUUCCAAGGAUAGCUGUUGACUCAAAAGUGAGUAUUAUAAGUGCAAACAUUACCAUUCCAAUUCAUCUACGAUACCAUGAGGCUGCUAGUAAUGCAAAAUUUGCUACAGUGUUACUUCCACCUCCAAAAGUCCUUGGAAGAUGUACUAAUGGAGUCGUCAUUCCACCUAAUCGCUGUGAAAGUGACUUGAUACAAGCUCCUUGUGGUGCAAAACGACUAUCAACCUGUGACUGGAUUGUACUAAAAUCAAUGAGCAAGGAUCAGUCACAGUCCAGCAUGAGCCUUGUUCUACAGGUCCCCAUUGGACAAAUGGAACACAGUUUGCCUAUCAUAGCUCUUACUGUUUUCUCGACCAUGGCUGGAUGUGCACUGAUUCUUCGGAACGCCAUAGUAACAUCUUUUAAAAUUUAAACGCUGAAACCUCUAAAGAGAAUUUAUGGUUGAAUAUGUGUCUUUGAUAUUUAGACCUUUGCUAUGAAAAUUUGUAAUAAAGUCUAGAAUUAUUAAA